AUGAUACCGUAUUCAUUCUGCUACCUUUAUCAUGCCAACGGCAUGCAAAUUAGCAAAUCGUCUGAAGAAAAAUUGUCACAGCUCAAUCUUAUACCUCGACAUUUUCCCGAUACCAAGGUCGAUAUCCAUGCAAAGGAAGCAGCAGCGCAGCCGAUAGAAAGUGCUUCCGAGGUGCGUUUACGAAAUCGAGCUGUGUACAAGGCGGAUCUGCGCAAGCAGUUACUUGGUGAAGAGGCGAAGCGUCGAGAAGGAACGUCGGAUGACUUGAUGAAGCACGAAGAGAAGCAGGAAAGCCUUGCCAACGAACUUCUUUCUCUAACGCGAUCAUUGAAACAAAACAUGAGUGUUGCUGGAAACGUUUUAAAAGACGACAAUAAGAGGCUAUCGUCAAUGAACGCGCAAGUUGAUGCAAAUGUAUCAGAUCUUAGAGUUGAGUCAACUCGCUUGGCUCAUCACGCAUACAAAUGUGGUUUCGACUGUGCUCUCGUAUUUGUUGCCCUUUUCAUCUUCUGGUCCUUCAUCUGCAUGGUUGUUGUCAUGAAGAAAAAGAAAGGUCGAUUAGCAGCUAUGAAGGGAGCAUACUACCUCAACGAGGGACUGCUUUCGCGGCUGCCACCUGAGUUCAUUCUCGCUUGCACUCCUGGUUUGUUUAAGAUGGCACCGAACGCGCUAACAUGGACAAAACUGGAAAGCAAGUGCCCACAGUCACUAGAACCAUACAUUGAAGCAUCGCUUGGAUGGUCGCUUGGAGAUUGCUAA